AUGAAGUUUGCAAAGCUAUACAUUGAUGUUAUUAAAGAGAAGCAGCCAGGAUGGAGUGACAAGUUCUUGUCCUACAAAGAAUUGAAAAGGCUUUUAAGGCUGAUACCUGAUGGAAAUGCAGAAGCUGAGUUCAUGUGUUUGUUGAACAAUGAAAUCGACAAGUUCAACGACUUUUUCAUCGAAAAAGAGGAGGAAUACAUUAUCCGGCUCAAGGAGUUUGAGCAGAAUAUUAAGAAAACAAUCGAUUUAUACAAAACAAAUGGAAGCCAGCAAUCAGAAAGUGAUUAUAAGAACAUGAUGAAUAUGUUAAUAAAAAAUAUUGUUAAUUUACAUGGUGAAAUGGUUCUUUUAAUUAACUACUGUAACAUCAAUUACACAGGGUUGGGUAAAAUUCUUGAGAAAUAUGACAGUAAGACUGGCGCACUCAAGCGCGUGCCGUUUCUUCAGAAAGUUCUUGAGCAUCCGUUUUUAAGCACAGAUGUAAUUUCAAAACUCGUGAGAGAAUGCGAAAAUAUAAUAGAGAAUGUAUCUCAUGCUGAUGAAGCAGUUGAAAGAGCAAAGGAAGAAGUUGUAUUACAUAGCGAAGGAUUGUUCAAAAGCACAGUUGAAGUUUUAUUCACAACAACAGAGAAUGUGAUGGUCAUUGAAGACGGCAAUGCUUCUGCUUCUGCGUCAAAUUAG